GGAUAUUCUCUCAAUAUCACUGUAAUGUCACAGGAAUAUUCCCGCUUGAUAUCACCGUGACAUUUAAGCAAUAUUCCGUGCUACUUCGGUAUAUUAAAAGGCCCACCAUCUCCCAUUAAUAACAGGGAAAUUGUGAAUGCUUUAUUCAUAAACAACAAUGACGUUAUCGUUAUAGAAGAUGAAUCCGAUAUGGAAGAACAUCAGGGCUUAAUUGUUGAAAUGUUUAAUAUUGAUAAUCAAAUUGUCAACAACCAUCUUGGAGAACAAAUAUUACAAGCUGAGGAAGAUCAACGGAUUGAAAAUCCAGCACAACCUGCAGAACAACAUGAACAGCAACAAGAACAGCAGCUGGUCACAUUGCAGGGAAUACCAAUAAGAUGCUGUACUUGUUUGACUGAAACACCAAUAUAUUGUAUUUUAGCUUGCGGGCAUAUACCUUUCUGCGAAGCAUGCUGGCUGACGUACAAUUAUAACAGCAAUGACUUCGUUGUCAACAACGACGAAAUGUUGAGGAGCUGUCCAGUAUGCCGAGAAACGUAUAAUGUAAAUGAUGUUAGAAAGGUGUUUUUCACAUAAACAUUAUACACUAAAAAUAUAUUCAUUUAUUAAUUAUUAUUAUUAACUAUAAUAA